AUGGGGUUUUUGGCUGGAUGCGAUCUUUUAGUGGAAGAGUUCUUCGGUGGUGAGCUGAUUUCUCACAAUCUCAAUUCAAAAUUGGGUGCAUCGUCUCGCCGUUUCCGAAUGGAAAAUUCUCCUAAGAAUUCGGGUACUAACCGUAAGGCAAAGAGCUCGGUAAUUGAAAAUGUUGUUCAAGGAAGCACAAAACAGAUUCAUGAUGCACCGUGUAAGAGGCAUUCGGACGAUCCUGGAUGUGGUACUGACCGUGCGAAGCGUACAAAAGUCGGUCCACUCAAAGUAAGUCAACCUGAUAGUGAUGAUUUCGUCGACGAUAUGCCUAGGCACGGUCUUGAGAAAAUUACGAAGGCUAAGCGUGUCAAAGGUAAAUAUGAAAUGUCAGACGACGACACUGUAGGCAAAUAUAUAGACAACUAUGUUUCAGACGAUGUCGGUGAUGUGGACGGUGACAAGGAUGAUGUGUUCCCAAGAGUGAACACAAGGUCGUCAGCAUCGAUUUUCGUGAAGGCAAUUUCUGACAUGUCUGACAUGAAAAAACAUGCGAUACGAGAAAUGGGACUGGGGUGUUUAUUGGAGUUGGGCAUAACAUCAACCCCGUCAAAAAUGGGUUUCUGGGUAGUAGAAAACUUCAACCACCUUGACCGGAAGCUGCAAUUAUACGGUGGUGAGAAGGUACACAUCAAGGAAGAUGAUGUGUAUGUCACGUUCGGGCUACCCCGUGGGGAUAUUGAAAUAAAAAAUAAAAAGAAUAGGGUUACAUCAAGUGUGCUGGAUGAUUGGAUUGGGCUAUUCAAUGUUAGGAGUACAAGAAAUAUCACGGCUUUAAAGGUGCUGGACAAGAUGAAGGAGUGUGCUGAUGCUGAUGAUUGGUUCAGGCGCCAUAUUAUCGUUCUCAUGGUCUCCUGUCUGUUUGAGAGUUGUCCAAACGGAAUGGCAAACUUCCGUUUAGUGCAUAUGCUCGACGAUUUAUCAACUGUAGCCAAUAUGAACUGGUGCUCCUACAUGAUUCGAUGCUUAGUGGACAGCAAGCGAUCGUGGGAAGCGAAUGGUAAACGGAAGUACACAGGGCCUUUGUUGUUCUUGACGCUUUUCUAUGCAGAUAAGGUAGUCUUGUCCGUGCGUUCAGUUGCAAGAGUUUUCCCGACUUUUAAAUCGUGGAGCAACGAGUCAUUGAGAGACAGAGAACGCGAUGAGAUUGCUUCGAAAGCCUUUGGAAGGGGUUUCGUGGAUUCUGACAUGUGUGUGAACGUCACUAGCCCACAUUCUGAUAAAGCUCGGCUCACAUAUACGGACGAUGCUACUGGGGUAACUGACGAACAUACCGUACAAGCUUAUGUUCAAGAUUUUGCAUCUAAAACUCGUUCCCUUGCUGCAAUUGGUGUUGAAAUAUUAAAGUUGGUCGAAAAGACACCACAAGUUUUAUUGGGGGAUGAAAACUGUAUCAAAAUGCAAGACGCGGCACAAAAGUUACUUGGUUUGUAUAGUGAAGCGCCCAAUGGGAAUUCGAGCCACCCCGGCUCAAGUCAGCCUCGUUGCACUAGUGCCACAAAGAGAAGUGAUGCAACGAAUGUCAACGUGAAUUGUGCUGCCUCUCAGAUAGCCGAUGAUGCAUUUCGGAAUGAUCCUGUAACAUUAGCGGCUAUAGACGACAUUAUGAAGGCAGUUGAACAACGAGAGAGUUUUCUGAGAGUGCAUAAUGAAGGGCCUAGCUUCAGCUUGGGCUUGUCGUCGGAUGAUGAAGAUGCCAAUGAUAACCAUGACCAUGCGAGCGGGGAAGCAACUGCAUUUGUGAUUCCUGCUGUGACUCCUGGAGUGGUCAUAGAUCAACAAAGGGUGGAGACGCCUACCGUAGUAGAUGCACAACUAGGCGGUGUUGACAAUGUACGUGGAUCCCCAAGGCCGAAGAGGCGCAUCCAGGCUACCGGUGCAAUGAAAUCUCCCUACCAAGAGAGAGCAAUUGAUGUGGUUAAGAAGCUUGAUGGGAAAGAGAAGAUGAUAGUCAACUGGAUAAUGAAGAAUGAUGCUGCUGAUGGGUACGAUUAUUGUUGUUUAGUUAGACUUGAGACAUAUAUUUAA